AGGAGCUACCUAGAGGCACAGGGUAUGAGGAGGUAUCUAAAGGCACAGGUUAGGAGGGGGAAUCUAGAGGCACAGGGUAUGAGGAGGGAUCUAGAGGCACAGGGUAUGAGGAGGGAUCUAGAGGCACAGGGUAUGAGGAGGGAUCUAGAGGCACAGGGUAUGAGGAGCUACCUAGAGGCACAGGGUAUGAGGAGGGAUCUAGAGGCACAGGGUAUGAGGAGGGAUCUAGAGGCACAGGGUAUGAGGAGCUACCUAGAGGCACAGGGUAUGAGGAGGUAUCUAAAGGCACAGGUUAGGAGGGGGGAUCUAGAGGCACAGGGUAUGAGGAGGGAUCUAGAGGCACAGGGUAUGAGGAGGGAUCUAGAGGCACAGGGUAUGAGGAGCUACCUAGAGGCACAGGGUAUGAGGAGGGAUCUAGAGGCACAGGGUAUGAGGAGGUAUCUAGAGGCACAGGGUAUGAGGAGGUAUCUAGAGGCACAGGGUAUGAGGAGGGAUCUAGAGGCACAGGGUAUGAGGAGGGAUCUAGAGGCACAGGGUAUGAGGAGGGAUCUAGAGGCACAGGGUAUGAGGAGGGAUCUAGAGGCACAGGGUAUGAGGAGGGAUCUAGAGGCACAGGGUAUGAGGAGGGAUCUAGAGGCACAGUGUAUGAGGAGGGAUCUAGAGGCACAGGGUAUGAGGAGGGAUCUAGAGGCACAGGGUAUGAGGAGGGAUCUAGAGGCACAGGGUAUGAGGAGGUAUCUAGAGGCACAGGGUAUGAGGAGGUAUCUAGAGGCACAGGGUAUGAGGAGGGAUCUAGAGGCACAGGGUAUGAGGAGGGAUCUAGAGGCACAGGGUAUGAGGAGGGAUCUAGAGGCACAGGGUAUGAGGAGCUACCUAGAGGCACAGGGUAUGAGGAGGUAUCUAAAGGCACAGGUUAGGAGGGGGAAUCUAGAGGCACAGGGUAUGAGGAGGGAUCUAGAGGCACAGGGUAUGAGGAGGGAUCUAGAGGCACAGGGUAUCUAGAGGCACAGGGUAUGAGGAGGUAUCUAGAGGCACAGGGUAUGAGGAGGGAUCUAGAGGCACAGGGUAUGAGGAGGGAUCUAGAGGCACAGGGUAUGAGGAGGGAUCUAGAGGCACAGGGUAUGAGGAGGGAUCUAGAGGCACAGGGUAUGAGGAGGUAUCUAGAGGCACAGGGUAUGAGGAGGUAUCUAGAGGCACAGGGUAUGAGGAGGUAUCUAGAGGCACAGGGUAUGAGGAGGGAUCUAGAGGCACAGGGUAUGAGGAGCUACCUAGAGGCACAGGGUAUGAGGAGGGAUCUAGAGGCACAGGGUAUGAGGAGGGAUCUAGAGGCACAGGGUAUGAGGAGGGAUCUAGAGGCACAGGGUAUGAGGAGCUACCUAGAGGCACAGGGUAUGAGGAGGUAUCUAAAGGCACAGGUUAGGAGGGGGAAUCUAGAGGCACAGGGUAUGAGGAGGGAUCUAGAGGCACAGGGUAUGAGGAGGGAUCUAGAGGCACAGGGUAUGAGGAGCUACCUAGAGGCACAGGGUAUGAGGAGGGAUCUAGAGGCACAGGGUAUGAGGAGGGAUCUAGAGGCACAGGGUAUGAGGAGCUACCUAGAGGCACAGGGUAUGAGGAGGUAUCUAAAGGCACAGGUUAGGAGGGGGAAUCUAGAGGCACAGGGUAUGAGGAGGGAUCUAGAGGCACAGGGUAUGAGGAGGGAUCUAGAGGCACAGGGUAUGAGGAGCUACCUAGAGGCACAGGGUAUGAGGAGGGAUCUAGAGGCACAGG